GUGCCCCCUUGCGUCUAUACUGGCAUCGCUUCAGUUUUCUUCCCUUCCACCAGCAGGAUAACCAAACCUACCUAUCUUAUCAAUUGUGAAUGCUAGGUAUUUCACCCACGAGAUCAUAAAUUCUGCGAUAGAGGUAUCUCUCUCGGCAUCUUCGCUAGUAUAGCCGACUCAUUCUCCCAUACCCAGAUCUUGUCUUGUUGUCCUGCGCCUCUUUACUGCACCCUGCACCGAGCCAGGCACCGGUAACAACAACAACAUCAUCAAGUCAUCAAGAAACAAUACCCGGCCCACCCCCCUGCGCCCGCGCGGAUCGUCAUAGUGGGGCACGCCGGACCGACAGGUGGUCAUUCACGGCAUCCGGGCCCAAGCUCCCGUUUCCGCCAACACUCUCUCUUCCCGUCCCAACUUGAGCUGCACCUCUCUGUCAGGGACCCUUGCUUUCGUCCUACCAAUCGGAAUCCUUCCUUGUGGUGUUGAUUCAACAUGCCCGUCGAAGUCUUCCUCAUCACCGUCGUGCCUGCAGCCGAUACCACCAAAGCCCGCUCGGUCCUCCACGGCUACACCGAGACGCGUCCCGUCACGCAUCGUUUCACUCGUGUCCGGCACGUUCGUCGCCUCGACCAGUCUAUCCGGGGCAUCCCCAUCCUGAGGUCUCUGCAGUCCUCGAACCCCAAGCCCGACAGCCUAGCACAAUGGCAGGACCUGCACUCGACGCUGUCUCGGCAGCAAUACAUGCUGACUGAACGUGUCGAUAUAACCCAAGACGUCGACGCCGCCGUGGCUGCUGGUCAGCCGGUGCCCAUGUCGGAGCAGACGCAAAAAGGCGAGAGGAUCUUGCGCUUCAAUGACUUUCCUGACCCUCCCAACCCCCGAGUCCCCCAAACGGUGAUGCAGCGCAAACAAAUCGACAUCCGCGAGCCCGGCCCCUUGCUCGAGCAGCACAUGGCCGAUUCCGGCUUCUCCGUAGCCAACGAGUACAUUGAAGAGACGUACCACUGGUGGGACAACAACAACCUCGAGUUCGUUCUGUGGAGGCAGUACAACGACCUUCCGAAUCCCACUCCGGCGCCGCUUGUCCAAGUUGCCGGUCAAGCGAACUGGAUGGUGCCUGACAUGAGCAAGAUGGAGCCUGUGGCGCCUUUCUGGAUGUUGUAUGUGCGUGCCCUGGUAGACGCCAACCCGGUAGACAGGAUGGCGGAAAGAAUGGCGGAGGCGCAUGGCAGGUUGGGAAAGGUGGAGAAGGAGCUGGAGGGCGUGUUCAGCUUUAUGGUAUUUGACCGCAGAGCGCUUGACACAAGGUAUACGGGAGAGGACCCGGAGUAAGGAGUAGAAUACCGAGCCUUGGGAGGAAAAUAUCGGUACGAGUGAAGAGGAAGAUGGCGCCAAAGACGCGGUACUUCAAAAUGUAUAAUUCCAUGGUCAAACACUGAUCAUUAGCAUCUGAUGUAACCUACACGGGCUAGUUUUAACCCUCCAUGAUCAAAGAAACGACAUUGACUUGAUAUCAAAACGCCUGGUCAAGCUGACCAAAGGUUUCGAGCCAACAAACGUGAUCGGUUUUUAGUUUGCUCGCUGUCG